AUGGAUCAAAUAACUGUCAUGCUAUAUUUUGUGGGGCAAAGGGACUGGGGGAGGGGGCGAGUUGUGGAAAUGUCCCAGUUAAAAUAUAGCCAUCGUUUCUUGUUUCUUAAGGGAAACUAUAUAUAUCUCUCUAUCCUAUUCCACGGGUUAGGAGUAGCUUUACUUUCAAGCCCGAAAAAAGUGUAAUUAUAAUCUAUAUAAAUACCUCACAAACUAUUUAUAAACAGUAUAAACCACUGAAGUCCUAGUUUUAAGAAACAGAAAAUUACUGUUCAGACCCAGUCGUUUCCUGUUUCAAAAGGCUAAUGAAAUUACUUUACAGCCCCGGCUUAAAAACGCACAGUCGGCAGACCGAUGAACCCCGAUUAUGGGGGUCUUGUUUUGAAAUUGAUUGUAAAUCACGAUGUCUACAAUAGUUCCCAAGUUAGUGAGAACGAGGUAUCUAAUACCGGGGCCUGUGUAAACAAGGUAUCUAAAAUAACGGCCUUAUGCUCACGAAGUUUGGGCGACCAAAAUUCAACAACGUUCCAUCAAACCUCUACGGAGGGGAAAGUAGGAGAGAAUCAGGGCGAUAACCAAGAGAUGAAU